UAUGUCUAAAUAAUGGGGGUUAGUUUGUAUGACAAACGGUUGACUGAUUCGUACUGCGUAUUCAAUCACCCCGCUCGCUCAGCUUAUAUUUAAGUAACGCUACCCUCAUUAUUACUGGUAUUGGACUAAGGACAAAAUCACAUAAAAUGUUCUUCUACCUUAUCGUUGCGUAUUGCGCAUGCGCAGUAAGUGGGUACGAGUAUUUUCGGGACCGUAUUCCAAAUGGACACAGCGUUCCUCAUCCAUGUGACUCUACACAAAUGUGGAACGGGGUUGGGCAUGAAACUCAGGAAGGGGGUACGCCAAGGAACUCGUUUGGACUAGAUUGGAAAGCCAAUGGAGCUUCCUGGGGUGAGACUAUCUGCAAAAUGGAUUCUGAUGGAGAUGGGCGGACGAAUGGAGAAGAGCUGGGCGACCCUGGAUGCACGUGGACCAUAGGAGGCACCCCUUCCAACACUGCCUCCUCGCAUCCGGGGAUUUGCGAGCCCCUCGACAGCCAAAUGUGUGCCGGGAAAAACAAUUUUCUGGACUGUGGAAAUCAAGGGUUCCAGUGUGAAGCAAUCAAUCAGCCAGAUGUUUUCAACAUCAGUAUCUCGUUUGCCCCGAACACCACUGUGCCUGCCCAGGAGACGACGUAUAUGUGUCAAGUAUUUGACCUACCGGAAGUAGCGACAUCGGGAGCAUAUCAUCUCAUAGCGGCCGUUCCAAAUAUUGUCAACCCGGCCGUGGCUCAUCACAUGAUCAUUCGCGGAUGCAUAAAAGAUGCCGCAACAACAGAUCAACAUAAGGCGGCUCCUUAUCAGUGUUUCAUGGGCGACCAGAUUGGAUGCGACGAUAUCAUCGCCAUCUGGGCUGUUGGUAGUACCGGCUUGUGCCUUCCCGACGAAAUUGGAUUCGCCGUCGGUGUCGGCGGGUAUACGCAAGUCUCUUUUGAGAUUCAUUGGGAUAAUCAGCUGCUUUUGGAUAGCUACGUGGACAAUUCUGGGUUUACUCUGUUCCUCACUCCAAACAGGCGGGCAAACAAUGCCGGAAUAUUCAUGAUUGGCCAAAAUGCACUUCAAAUUCCACCACAACAGCAGGCGUACAGUGUUUCCGGGCGUUGUAGUGGCUCAUGCGCGGACACCAUAUACGCUGACAAUCAUACGGAGAUCAAGAUUGCGGGAGCGUUCAAUCAUAUGCAUUAUGCAGGCUCGGCCAUGUUGUCGCAGGUGUAUGACCCGGCUACCGGUGCGCUGACCGACCUUGGAAGGGAUACAACCUACGACUUUAACGCACCUAUUUUUUACAUAUUCGACGAGGCGGUGACGGUUAGUCGUCGUCAUGAACUCAAUGUUACCUGCACGUUCAACACGAUGUCAAGAACGGAAGUGACGUAUUCCGGGGAAUCAACCACUGAGGAGAUGUGUUACACUUUCCUGCUGUACUAUCCAAAGGAGGCCCUUACAGAAACUCAGUGUACGCAAUCUGGAGAUUACGACGACUGUUUGAGACAGAAUUGUGAGGAGCAGGCCUCAGAUUUUGGUGUACGGGUUUGGACCGCUUGCAGCCUCACAAAAUGUCUGGACACCUGCAAAGAUAUUGCCAUGGAAGCAGAAAAGCACCCUUGUUAUUCAGGAAGCCGGAGACAAGAGUUGCUAGAAUAUGCGGAUAAGUCUGGAGACGUCAACACAGCCGUUUUAAUCUAUGGAUUAUUCACGCGCCUAGAAAGCUGUAAAACAGAGAUCGCGAACGACCGAUGCCGUGCUAAUUGGGACAAGCCGGACGUCAGCGUCGCUGUUUCAACCUACGUAACGUCAGUUGCAGCCAUUCUGACAGUUGCUGUGGCUCAUUUCGUUUAAACUGUUUUAUUGACUCAACCGAAUUCUAACAAAGCCUUGGCCUUUUAAAUUCUGGGACGAACAUUAUAAUGAUUGUCUACAUGUAUAUAUUUUACACUAUCGAAAUAUUUUAUUGAUCCUAACAAUCCAUUCGGAACAUCUCGGCCAUUUCCCAUAAAAAACAACCUCGGUACAUUUCAGUUAAAAUAGCAAAAAAAAACAUUUAUUGUAGUGUUAUCCAUGUUAUAAUUUUAAAACUUAAUUCAGAUUGAUUGAAAAUAAUUAAAUUUAUUGUUGCAAAAAUAAUCAUAAUUAUAAGUGUUCUUAAGGGUAAAGUCCUUUGACUUAAUUGCAAAAUCAAAAACAAAACUACGUGUUCUUUAAACAGUGUAGUUCAAUGUUAAACAUUUUGACAAUGUAAACCGUCCAAAUUCAUCUAGGAGCGAAAAUGACCGAGGUGCUCUGAUUGUUUAAAUGAAUGAAAUAAGGCUUAAAGUAAUACAUUUGGUUCUGGUAGCCCGGCCCUACCUACGAAAUAGGCGACGACACUACCGUUUCUAUAGUCAGUUUAAAAAAUGCUUUUCAAUAUGUUGUUUCACACCUUGAUUGCUUUAUACAGUAUAUAUCUUUAACACCAUUCUCUAAUGAUAGACAUUCUUAUAUAAAGCCCCAAAACCCCAACCUUACCCUGCCUAUUUUUGAAAAGGAUUUAACUCUUACCAAACCAUUUUUUAGGCCUUACCAUUUACUAUCUCUCCUUAAGAUUCUUUCCAGCGUAUCGAAAUCUAUCAACGCAUGUCUAUUAUUCUUGUUAAACCUGCACUCUCACAGAUUCACUGUUUUGACAAUGUUUUUAUUUUCAUGUUUUGGAAUGAGCAAUUUGUUGCGUAACUAUCUGCAAACACGUGAUAUAAGACUGCUGACAAAAAAUCAGACCACAGAUUUUCAUAUUUAAGUUAAAAAAUUAUGUUUUAUCCAGUUUUCCUAAACCGAUAGUAAUGCUUUAAGCCUUAAAACAUUAAUUUUCUAACGGAAAUAUGAAAAUCUGCGAUCUCAUCUUUUGUCUUAGCCCUCAUGACGUCAUAAAUCGGGACGUAAGAUUAACAAGAUUAGCAAAAUGAUCCUCUUUUCCCCUUGAAACCCUGAAUUACAUUUGUGUUCGCAAUCCUUUCCUUGAAUAAUUUGAGAUAUUAAAGUAAAAUAACGUAUAUCCAUGUGCAAUAUUUGUCAUCUUAAUAUACAGUAUAUAAUGUACAGGUACACAUUUCUACAAAUUAUUGAGCCAGCUUUAUCGAGGACAUCAUUAUGUAUAUAUUCAUGUAGUUGUUCAAUUGCUGUUAGGAGUCUUUUGUUGACGUGAAGAAAAAAAAAACAACGAUUACCCUCAUGUUUCUAAAAACGUAAUUCUUGAACUUUAUCGAAUAAAAUAUUAACCUGUU